UUCAUCGUCUUCUGAGUUUUGUUUAGAGUUUAAAAGAUUAGACAGAUGUUUCUAUAAAAUUGAAUUUUUACAUCUCAUUUUUGUAAUUCAUAGAAUAAAUUUAAAACAAAAUUAAAGCAAGUACAAGAAUACAUUAGAAUAUGACUGAAAGGUGUUCAUCAGAUUUGAAUUGUUGCCAAAUUUGUGGAAAGGUUUCUAUUUCUCGAUGCAUAAACUGCAAAAAAGUCUGGUACUGCUCCCGUCCUCAUCAAAAAGAGGACUGGAGUCGACACAGGAGCGACUGUUUUCCUGCCGUAUUGACGACAAGUCCCAUUUUUGGUCGCUACCUCUCCGCCACUCGAGAUAUUCCUGAGGGGACGCUGAUUCUGAAGGAGAAGCCCCUAUUCUCAGCCCCCAACGGAAAAAAUGGUGCGUUUCUCCUUUGCCUUGGAUGUUAUGGGAUUGUCCCCACGGAUCAGCCGCCACAACUCUGCACCAAAUGCGGAUGGCCUCUGCAUAAAAACUGUGUACAAAGCAAGGAACAUGUCGAGAACGAAUGUGCAAUUUUCUCAAAAAUGGGGAUCACCCCGUCGUCUAGAGAAGAAAACAUUUACGACAAAAUUGUAGUCUUACGUGGAUGCCUUUUAAAAUUGAGGGAUGUGAAAAAGUGGGAUUGCGUUGGAAAGUUACAAGACCAUAAGGAGGACAGAUUUAGAACUACUGAUGGAGCCAACUUGUCCAAGACAAUGGUGGAAUUUGUGCAGAACAAAUGUGGAUUAUCUGAGGCCUUCUCUGACAUAGAGAUCGACCAUGUUCUCGGAUGUGUUAUGGUAAAUGCAUACGUAACAGAAGAUAACUUGACAAGUUCGCCAAAUUUCCAUGCUGGAUCUUUUGUUUACUGGAAUGGUUCAAUGCCAGCACAUGACUGUACACCGAACUGUAGAUGGAUAAUUGUGCAGGGAGGAGAAUUACGUUUAUGGUCCUUGCGCGAUAUCAAGGAAGAUGAAUCCCUCUGUCACUGUUAUGCGUGGGGUGGAACGGGUACAAUUGAGAGACAAAGGCAUCUCCUCAAAACCAAGUUUUUCUCUUGCACGUGUCGCAGGUGUGCAGAUCCUACCGAACUCGGCUCUUUCUUUUCGGGAAUUAAAUGCAAAAUUGAGUCCUGUUCGGGGUUCAUAUUAAGCCAGAAUCCGGCGCAGGUGGGUUCGACAUGGGCUUGCAAUCAGUGUAAAGCAUCAGCAAUGCAAGAGCUUGAAGUGGACUCAUUCAUCCAAGAACUAAGGGAAGCACACUUUGCAGUCACAUCAGAUUGUCCUAGUCCAGAAGAAAUGGGGUCUGGAUGGAGGACAAUUUUACAACGAUUGGAAGAAUAUGACGAAAGCGUCCUUAACAAGCUGGCUCCAACACAUUUUUUCAUACAAGAAGUAGAGCAGGAUAUCAUGCUGAGGAUUUCCUAUAUUUUAGCUCAGGAACAGGAGUUUCAGAUUGAGAGGGAAGAAAGACUUCGGUUGGCUGGAAUACUGGUCAAGCUUAGUACAAAAUGCUUGUCCCUGUUGGAAAAGGUGGCGCCUGGACUGACGACUCAUGCAGGAAGGCAAUAUUAUUACCUUCAGCAAGGCCAGGGGAUUUUUAUAAUGGACCAGAUACGUAUGCAAAACGAGUCCGACUCGACGUCAUCCCAGGCACUUCAAGCUUUACGGAAGGAAAUUUCGCAUUGGCAAGGGAUCCGAAAGAGAGGGGCCAGAAUACUAGAAUCUGAAUCGCCAGGUCGAGAAGAAUGGGUAUUGGGCAGGGCUAUGGUCGAUAAUGAUGAAACCAGUUCAGGUGGUCUUUGACCAAGAAUUUUGUCCCGUUUUUUAGCUAUUUCUCAUGUUUAUGUUAAUUUUGUAUUAAACUAAUUCAUUUGAGAUAUCCACUACAUACAUCGAUUGUUUCGUUUUGAGUACCAAAGUUAUUGAUACAUAUGUACAACGUCCUUUUUUUCUUACACAAUUCUUAUAUAACCCUCAUGCACGCAUGCAUAUCUACAUAUUAUUCACUCACAGCUCAUGAAAUGCAACCAGCAUUGAUAUUGUAUAAUUUCCUACUGCCAUGAAAUAAAUAGCAAUAUGUGAAUACUCGA